GUUCUCAUAUUCUCAUCUCAUUGGUCCUUUUUUUUUUUUUUCUAUCAUUCAUUUCCACACUUUGAUUUGCUUGAUGGCUUCUUUAAUCAAAGAAAAUUGGGCAUCCAUCAAUGAUCAAUAUGAUUUUGAUAGUUUCGAGAACUUGGAAAUUGAUGACGCCCUUUUGAUGUCGAUACUCGAUGAACCACAUGUUGAAGGCGAGUGUGACAACGAGAAAUUAUCGAGUGUAAUCCGCUCUUUAGAAGCUGAGAUUAGUCCAAUUGUAAUUGACGACCAUGAUAUGAGUAUGGAGCUUGAAUGGAAUGUUGAUUGGGAAAAUUCUCAUCAAUUUUUAACCAAUCAAAGUUACAUAAAAUCACAAGAUAUCCAAUAUAAUUGGAUGGAUAUGGAUGAUAUGUACAUCCAAAGGUAUGAAGAUGAGAUGGGUGGUGUCAUAGAGUUUGGUGGUGUUAAAGAUUAUUCCCAAAUCUCUUAUGCAAAUAAUAUUGAGGAGCAUGGUUAUGGUGCCUUGUGGCAAGAAAUUAACUAACCAAUGCUCUUAAAAAAAUGUAGUAGGCAUAUAUAAUUGGUGGAACUUUUUUGUAAAUCAAUUGUAAUGUUUGUGGGUUUAAUUAGCCCAUUCGGUUGACUAAUUAAUUAUAAUCCAAAAAUAAUAAUCUUAAUUAGCUAUAUUCAUCUACUUUGUACACGAUUAAAAUAUUAAUAUCUUUUUGUUA